GAGUGUUAUUUACUACCAAUCCAACAUAUACACACAGCAAGUCACUAGUCUACAAAAAGUUACUGCCACAUAAUCAUGUGCAGAAUCUUAUUAACUACAAAUCCAACAUAUGCAAACACCAAGUCAGUAGUUGACAAACAAUUUACUGCCAGAAUCUUAUUCACUACCAAGCCAACAUAUACAAACAUCAGCACAACAUGCUGGCACAUCCUGGAAUACCAAUUGAUUACGACUGUGUUGAUUCACAGGAAGCUCUCGUCAACAUAUAUAAUUUGGAAUUGUAUUUGGAGUUCACCACCCCCGAUACAACUACAGGUCAAACGAGAUUUUGGGUUUCUGAAGAAGGCUACAAUCAAAUUUAUGACGCAGAACACGGUGGACAACUAAAUGAAGACGAAAAUCACUUUGAUUUUCAAUGGGCUACGCGCGAAUGGAACUUUAGCAGAAAUACAGUAAUGUGAUGUGUGUAAGGUUAAUGUAAUAAAGUUUGUUCGGCUUUACGUAUUUUUUGUCUUUUUCAUUACACUUGACCUUCUAUGAACAAAAAAGAUAGUAGGGGUACGGAAAAAAAGGUAGAAAAGGUAUAAAAGGAAACCGAACAGAAUGGAACAAAGGAAAAAUAGUUCAGUAUAUGACAGUCAUUGUUGCAAGGAUCAGGUGCAUCGUUAUUCUUUUAUAGUUAAAUGUUUUAUAUGUUGAAUGGCAAACUGUAAGUGUAGAAAAAGGAAAUGCAUGGAAUGCGACAAGUGCUGUGUUUGUGCUUGCACUUGUAUGAAAGGAAAUUGGGAUAAGAAAUGAU